CUUUUCUUUUCUUUUCUUUCUUUCUUCAGAUACCCAAUUUUUAUAUAACUUUUUUUAUUAUUAUUAUUACUAUGGCAGUGCCAACUAACAAUGCUCCUCCAGCUACAUCGAUUGCUGACCUUAUUACAGAGUUUCACAAAACAAAAGGGGCUGUGCCCCCAUUGUUAAUUGGAGCAACUACCACCUUGGUUGGAUAUAAAGUAUACCUUUUCGGUGGCAGAUUACAGUCAACUCGCCAAAUAUCCAAUCGAUUGUACAUACUUGAUACAAAGACAAAAAUAUGGACUACUACAAAUCCUGAAAUUACAGCACCUGUUCCACGGUAUUUUCAUUCAGCAAAUAGUGAUGGAAAACACCAUAUAUUAUUCUAUGGAGGUAUGGGUGUUCAGCAAACAGUUAAUGGAGAAGAUUUGGUAGCUUUGAAUGACUUGUUUUUUUUAAACACGGAAACAUUACUGUGGGAAUAUCCACCAAUCAAUAAUUCACCCGCACGUCGUUAUGCACACAUAUCAUCAUUCGUAAAAGAUCGAUUAAUUAUUAUGGGAGGACAAGAUAUAAAUAAUGAGUACUUGAAUGAUAUUUGUGUUUACGAUUUUAAAAAGAAGAUAUGGUGCUCCCCACCACUUUCAACCCAACAAUUUCAAUACGGUGCCUACAGGUCAGCGGCAGUAGCAGUUACACCGAUUCAAUUGACCCCACCAUUUUCCCCUACCAUGGACUUACUAUCUGAACCCUUCGAAGAUACAACAUCCUUUCAGGAAACAGAAAUAACUAUCCAUACAUAUACUAACUUCAGCACAAGUGAUGUGACACGGCAACUACACUCGUGGAAGGUGAAUAACCAAAACGAAUUUGUAGAAAUGCAAGAUCAAUCAGAAAGUAUUUCGCUAGGCAACUCACUGCCUCCACCACUAAGGUUCCCUACUGCGUUUAUGUGCGGCCAACAAUUUAUUUUAGCAGGUUCCCAUUUAUCUACGACAAGCCAGCAGUAUCAAAUAUGGGCGUUGGAUAUGACAAGUUUUGUUUGGACAAAAAUCGAGGCAGGAAAUGUGUUAUCACAAGGCUCAUGGCUCAAAGGUCUAUUGUGCGAAAAUACCAAUCGGUUCGUGGUGUUUGGACAUCCUGAUAGAUCAAUGGCUGAUGAUUACAAAGACCGAGUAAACUGUUAUGAACAUUUGGCUUGCGUAAAUAUCGAAAUUUUUGGUAUUUAUAAGCCCCCAAGACCAUCUUAUAGCGCAUUUGGACAGGGCCUUGGGCUCUCUUUAUUAAAGGACCCGGCACUAUCCGAUCUGAAACUGAUUACUACUGAUGGUCAGCACAUUUUAGUCAACUCAGCUAUACUUGCUCAGCGAUGGCCUGCAAUUCGCCAACUGUUAGAGCCUAUUCUUUCUCCUCAACCUACUAUCAUAUCAACGGACUCGGAAAUACUUGAAUCAGAUAAGAGGGAAAUGUCUUUUCCUGACACAUAUGUCGUACUAGUUGCAUUUCUACAAUUUAUAUAUACGGACCAUUUAGUGACAGCCCAGCAGCAUCAACCUCAUAUUUUAGCCAGGUUAUUGUUUCUCGCCGAUUUAUUUGAAAUUCCAAGACUAAAAGAGUUAGCUGUUCAUGCCUUACAUCAAAUGCUUAAUAUUCAAACUGCAUCCAUGAUUUAUGAAUCCGCUAUCCUCUCUAACGCUAUUUCGUUACAAAUCCGAGCAUUACGCGUAUUACUAAACGCGAAAAAAUUGAUACAACGCCAGAAAAAGAUGGAAAAAACCCCCGCACCACCCAUUAUGGUCAGCAAACCUACAAGAAGCGAACCUCAGCCAUCCAGGUUUUUACAAAAAUACGAACAAAACCAGCCUGGGUUUUCACCCUCUGUCCGAUCUGUUCCCCGGUCUAAUACUCCCAAUUUUUCAUUUAACACACCACCACAGCAUCAUAGGACCCCAUCGCAAAAAUCCAUUAUGACAGAGUCUCCGCCUCCUACACCAGGCAAGUCAAUGAAACUUUCUAAUUUUCGUAUGCGUCAAACCAAUAAUAGUGAUACAGAAUCACCGAUUUCAUCCAACACAUCUUCACCAAAGCUGACACCUAGCUCGUCUACAAGCAAACCAGCUCCCGUGCCACAUAAAUCACAUUCUUCCUUCUGGAGAAAUAAUACCCAACCAAAAAACGUUUCUACAACAAUGGAAAACAAACCUUCCAAAUCCGAAGGUACUGCUAGAAUGGGUACCUUUAACUUUUUAAAUAACCAUAAUCAAUAAACAAAGAAACUGGAUUU